UCUUUGCUUGAGAUUUAAGAAAUUGACUCGAUUCGUCAAUGAAAAAAAUUAAUAAAUAAAUUAAAUUGUUUGUUUCAGAAUUCAUAGUGCGCUAUGUUUAUUUCUGGAUUAAGUAAACUUUAUUUAGUUUAAAUCUUAUUUGUACCAACCAUGAAAUGCCCCAGCGUAUGGUGUAAUACCCUCAAGAUGUAUUCGGGGAGUAUAUUCGAGUGAUUGUUAUCAAAUUUUUAUAAAAAUUUAACCAAAUCAUGCAUAUUUGUUCAACGUGUUUGUUCGGCAUUAUUUUUAUUACUUAGUUUAAUUGGUCGCUUUAAAUAUAAGAGAAAUCGUUUACUUUUAACGGUUAAAAGUGGGUCAAGAGUGAGAAUUUUCUAAGUUGCAAUAGAUUGACAAUGAAUGAUAAAAAGUUGGUCCAGAAUUUCAAGAGCUACAUCAACGUAUCAUGCACGAGCAAUGGAGAGAAAAAUGGUUCAGUUCAUGAUUUAAAACCAAAAUUAUUAAAUGGAGAGUUGAUAACGGGCGCGGCGCACAGCGUGGUGAUGCUGACGCCGCUAUGCGAAGCCGAGAGGGGGCGCUUCGGUGCACUUUUUGUGACCAACUUCAAGCUCUCUUUUGUGCCGCUCGAGAUCACCGCUAAUGAUGAGUACGGACAGCGCAACCACACGGUGGGCGUGUACGACGUGCCGCUGACGUGCGUGGGCGCGCUGUGGCUGACGGACGGCGGCGCGGCGCGGCGGCGGCGCCUGCUGCCGCGCGCCGACAUACCCGCCAAGCUGAAGGGCUUGCAGAUUGUGUGCAAGAACAUGAAAGUGCUAACAUUCAACUUCGCGAACUCCCCCCUGGGCGCGGGCCGCAAGGUGGUGAUGGCGCUCCUCCACCACGCGUUCCCAAAGAGGCACGACCUCCUCUUCGCCUUCGAGUACAGAGAGCCCUACUACCCCACCCUCCCCUCAGACAUGAACAUGUUCCAACGGCCCGCCGAUUGGAAGAGGGAGCUCGAACGGUGCGAAUGCCCCCAUUGGAGGAUCACGUGUAUCAACGGAACGUCGGAUGCCUUCAUGCUGACUGCCGGGGAGACGCUGAUAGUGCCCAGUUCGGUUCUGGAUUACAAUCUGAUGGAGAGCGCCAGACACUUUCGGUCUGGUCGGGUGCCCAUCUGGGUGUGGGGGAGGCCGGAGGGGGCGGCGCUGUUGAGGAGUGGGGAAUUGCUGCCCACUGAACUGUCUGCGACCGCUGAGAGUGUGUUGUUAGAACAGGUGCGCCGUUCCCACCCGAAGCUGACGCCGCCGUACGUGAUCUAUCUCUGCGGCAACAGUUUCACGAACAACAGCGGCGCCGUUACGUUGCCGCCGCUGAGCGCACUCAACGCGUCCUACAAGAAGUUGGCGGAUUUGUGCACGCCCACCACUUUGUCGGACUUUUGGAUAAAAGACUCGCAGUACUACUCGAUACUGGAGUCGAGCCGGUGGCUGCGGCACGUGGCCGCCUGCUUGGCGUUCGCCGACGACGCCGCAACCCAUAUCGCCGACAACGUCACCGUUGUGCUGCAGGAGGGCGACGGCGUGGACUACUGCGCGGUGGUGUCGAGCCUGGCGCAGCUGCUGCUGGACCCGCACUACCGCUCCAUCUCCGGCUUCCAGUCGCUCGUGCAGAAGGAGUGGCUCGCUCUCGGACACCCCUUCUGCGAUCGGUUCGGUCUUCCCCGUCCGGGCAUGACGAAAGAGGACCUAGAAAAAGCGCCCCCCUCUCAAGUGGCCCCAGUAUUCCUGCUAUUCCUGGACUGCGUGUGGCAGCUUCAGACCCAGUUCCCAGCCGCGUUCCAAUUCACGGAGACAUACCUCACCACAUUGUGGGACGGAUCCCAUAAUCAUUUGUUUGAUACGUUCCUGUUUAACUGUCCAAAGGAUAGAGAGUUGGCUGUGGCUAGGUUGGAGAACUUCGUGCAGCGGCCGAUAUGGGACUGGGCGGAGCAGUUCGGCGAGCGGGACGUCGCGCUGUUCUACAACCCGCUGUAUGUGGGACAUCGCGCCAGCACCGUGCAUGAACAGAGGCUCUCGGCGGGCGAGGGCGCGCGGCUGCGGCCGAGCACGGCGGUGGCGGCGGCCGAGCUGUGGGCGCAGUGCUACGAGCGCUGGCUGCCGCCGCUGGACGCGCCCGCCGCCGGCCGCGUGCAGUACUACCUGCACAACUGCCGCGUGCGCGCGCAGAUACAAAAGCUGAACGCGAAGCUGACAUCGCUGUCCAUCCUCAGCGAUCGCACCAACGGGGACGAGGAGCCGCCCCCCUCCCCGCCGCCCGCGCUCACCCGCUUCUACCCAUUCAGCCUCAAGACCAGUGACAACGUGUCCACCAGCCUGGACGCCAUGCAAGUCAGCCUCAUAGACGCCACACAGCUGCUCGACUCGCAGAGCCUCCUCAACGCGCCCGAUUAAUUCGAAAAAAGAAUACGUCAACGACGUCCGUCGUACGUCCGUGUCAAAUUUUAAAUUUCGAACGGUUUUUGAAUGUGGAAUAGUGUUCAGCGUGUGUAUGUGGUGUAUGUAUGAGAUGAGAUAAAGAGUCAAAUUAGAACAGUGCGUUUGUGUGUGUGAAUAUCCAAUUGUACAUGUCUAAUCUUGGUCUCCAAUUAGAAUACUGCUCGGUUUGAAAUUGGAACAGUAUAACGCUCGGGCGCGUGGGUGCGCCGGUGUGUUUAGACGUUUCAAUUUUGGUGCAUUUUAAUAAUAAAUAAUCAUUCUCUUCAGUGGGUGGUAAUUUUCAAAAUCAUUUUACGCAAAACGUAUGUGAAAAUUUUAACGUGUAGUUAUAUUCAAUUAAAAUUAGUAUGAGAUAAAUGUGUACAUUGUAUUUAAAUACAAAAGAAGCAAAAGACCAUUGUGUGUUGAUAAAAAAAUUGUAACCCUUUUUCGUUACGAAUUACUUGAACAGCGAGUUUAGCGUAGAACAAAUAAAGGUGUUUGUUAUAUUUAAUCAUAUAAUAGGUUACUUUAAGAUAGUUUUGUAUUAUAUUCACUAACAGUUGUUUAAUAAAGUACAUCUAGUAUUUGUAUAUUACGUUUCGGUAUUAUAUUUAUUAUCAUUUUCAUCAAUUACAAUUAUUCAUAUUUAUAUUAAUGUCAUAUUACCACUUAUACUCAAUGUUAUUGCGAGUAAAAUCCAAAAAUCCUGUUUUGGAAUACUUUUCAGAAUGUUAUGCGAGAUUCAUAUUAAACCUCAUUUAAAAGUCUAGAGCAAAAUUUAAAAAGUCUAAUAAUUAAUUAUUAUUAACAUACUAAAGAGGAAGGCGUUUUUUUUUUUCAUGAGAAAAGAUGAAGUUUACCAAAAGAAGAGUAUAAUUCUGCGAACAUUUUAGCUGUCAAAAUAAAUUCACGCGUCGGUCCAGCAUCGUUGCGACUUGCGCCCUGUGUUCUAGUUGAAAUACAAAAAUAAAAAGUUUCAUAUAACGUUUGAGGGGCGUGGCUUAAGAGAAAUUGUUUAUUAAAAAGUCAAAAUAUUUUUUCCGCGGCAAUAACGUCCCCACGUUAGUCUGCGAAGAACAAUUUAAGAUAUUAACACCUGAAAUGUUGAGUCAGAAGUUAGCAAUUUCUGUUUGAGCCUUAUGUGGGUGGUAGAUGGUUCAAUUUGCUUUACUUCGUUCAACUUUUUUGCUCCCCGUCUAAUCACUCGCUAAAUAAAUAGCCAAGGUAAAUAGACAAACGUGCACCCAAGGAGACCACAUUGCGGUCUCCCAUCAGUUGGGAUUGUGGUUAAACGUCUGCCUAUCGAUUAUUUUACAAAAAAAUUUUUUGUUUGGAUGGAGAGGAGUUAAGAAAAUACUUUGUUUAUUAUACAACUGAUAUCAUCAUUCAUCAUCUUAUCGUAUUUUUUUUUAGUUCUUUUUAAAUAUCGAACGUACGUGAUUACAGUUAGGGUCGACACGGAAUCUAUUCCUAUUUCUUAUUUUAAGAUUAAAUCCCAGUCCACAUAAUGUGUAUAAUCUAUGAUUAAGUAUACUUUUGCUAGAACAUAUGCCACGUCAUCAUCGGAACCCAUUUUUUAAAUGAAAGACGGACAAAGGUGCAGCGGACGCCCGUCCGUGUUUAAUUGAACCUUUUUUUAAAACAAGUUACAAAACUGGCGCAAAUGACCCGGCUCUGAUAUAAAUUGAUAAUUAUUUAUAUUUCAUUUGCAAUUUUUAAGCUUAUCUUGUGCAAACGAGAUAUUUAAUAACAUUAAUAUGAAAUUGGAAAUUAUAUUUAUUUAUUAAAAUAGUAUAUUUUAUAUAAUAUGUUUUAUAAAAACAGUAUUUAGCUGUCUGUAAAUAUAUUGAUACAUUAAAUAAUAACAAUCAUUUAUUCUGUAGAACAAAAUAAUGCUUAUAGUGUUUAAUGACAUUAGCGUAUAUUUUUGGUAAAAUUUAUUAAUUUUUAUAAGAAUUGUUGAACUCGAAUUUGUAUUCGUAAUUGAAUUUGCAAAUUUUAUUGAUAAAUUUGCCUCGAUUGGAAUUCAUUAUUUAGCAUACAACUGAAUAUUUAUAUAAAAUGGUAAAAUAAUACAUUGGCUAUUAUGAACGAUGUAUUGACGUGUCUUAGAUAAAUAAAAAAUUAUUUUUAUACGUUGAAUUUUUAAAAUAAACAAUUAAAUUCCAAGAUAAUGAAGAGUGAAUGAGAAUUUGUUUAAUUUAUUUUAAGAAAAUUUAAUUGAAAGUAAUUUUUAAACGCUGACAGUACUGAUAAUUUAAUAUUUAAAUCUUUUUAACUGUAAUAAUUUAAUUAAUAUUGUUACCAUGUCGUUUAGUGUUCUUUUAGACCUUUAUAAUAUAACAACGAUAUGGUUUCGUUUAGUUAUAUUGAAAGGUCGAAAGUGAAUUGUUAUGUUGUAAAUAUGGCAGCUAACUUCAGUUUGUUAUUAAUUUUAAUAAGAAUAAUAUAUUUUUCUGUUUACAAAAUCUUAGUUUAGAGCUAAGUUUGUAUAUUUUUGCACAGAUAAAAACCUUUCCUUUCACCGACCGUAAACGAACCUUUUGUUCUAGAUUUCAAGGAGUAUACAAAUGUAGAUAUGUAAUCGUAAUAUAAAAUUGUUAUACAAUUUGUGUACAAGGAGCGUUGUAAGUGAUAAAAUGUAUAUUUACGAAUUGUUACGACUUAUACUUAUUGUGUUAAGUAUUGCUUGAUUUAAAUCAUGCUAAAUUUAAGUGCCAUCCGAUAAUGUGUAAUGAUGUUGCUAGCUAAAAAUUAAAAUUAGUGAUCUAUUUCGACUAGGUUGGCAACACAAAACAUCCGUUCUACAGGUGUUGGCAAUAAUAAGCUGUAGGAUACCUGACGCGAAAAAUAAUGUUCAAAUAAUGAAAAUAAAACGAUUCAAUAUU